AACUGUGCCGCCAUCUGUCAGGAAAACCCGCUGGAAAAACCCGGGGACACCUUUAUGCAGACUUCAGGUAGGACUCUGAAGCAACCAAUGGGGGAAUGCUGUGUCGAACCUGCCAAGCCUAUGGUGCAAAUUUUUGCGGUAGGUCGGGAAUGUUUAGAGACGAGCCUAUUUCUAGCUCUUUUCUUUUUUGUGUGCGUCCUUAUAUUUACUGCCAUCAAAUGUCACCUUUGCGGAUAAUCAGGUAACUCUAUCUUCCUGCUUUCUGCCGCAUAUGCUUCAGUCGACUGCAAACCGAUGUAAUUUCCCCUCAGCCACUUCUUGAGGCCCCGUGCAAGGAUCCUUGGAAACGAUGAACCAAAUUCACUAUUGUCACGACACCAGCACUGUUUCAAACGAAGCUCCGCAAGAUCCAGUGGCCCGGCCACAGACAGCAAUGGCGAGGAGCCGGGAGCCACCCAGUGGAGCCACCAGAUGCAGCCGUCGUAAGCCUGAACCCACUCCACAAUCCAAGCCAAGCCAAACCAACCGCGCGAACGUUCAAAUCGUUCAAAUUCUCCUGAAACGGAAGGAACAAGGUCACAGAUAUUUUCAGAAGCUAACGCGUGUGAGUUCGAGCACAAAAAUGGUUCAACCCAAGGGUUGUGCCCGACAGCCAAAGUCUUCCGCGCGAGCUAGCAGCGUUGUGCCUGCUCAAAUACCGCUGAACAAGAAACUGAAGAACAUUUUUGGAAGUGGGGACGAGCGACUCGAAGCGACACUCACCGCAAUGCGUGCGAAAUUCCGUCAGCUGGAAGAGACCGUUGACGUUGUCUUCACUGCUGCAUUGAAGGAGUUUCCAGAUGAAGUUCUUGAUCGACCUUUCAGAGAACUCAUGAGACAAACGGGUUGCCCACUCUCUAAUUCUCAAGUGGAACCAAGAGAAAAUAUGUGCAGCGGGAUUAAACCGACAACUGGCACAAGAGUAAAGAAGGUAGAGAAAUCGACAAAACGCAACUCGAAAUUCGGUAGCAUAGUUCCAGGAGGAAGGCAGUCGCGCGCUACAGUCCGCAACACCCGCUCCACUGCCACUUCCCGUUCCCUUCCACCAAAGGGAGUCAUUACACCAAAGUUUGACACCAGGAGGGGGAGGACCCCGUCUCUAACACGGAAGGCUAAGCCCGGGGAGGUCUUGGUGUCGCUGUCUGGAAGCCCUGUUCGGGCUGAAGAUAAGCUGCAAUACAAGACGGCAGCCAUCAUCACACUAGGUAACGGCAAGCUGAUAAGCUUCGCUCCAGACACUGACAGCAAGCGAUGCAAAGUUGAGAGGGACGACCUAGCGAAGCUCCAUGCAUUACAGCGGGCGUUAUCAGCAAUAGUGAAGAAUAGUGCUAUGUCCUGAAGCAUUUUCUUGCUGAGGUCCUGCCUGAAUAGAUGUUAAUAUAUAACGUUUUUUUGUGCAUACACUCAGCUUCUUACUACUUUAUGAUGUACCGCUGCACAAAAUUACUUUAAAAAGCGAUGCUUAAAAAAGAGA